AUGUUGCCUAGUGGCAUGCAUAAGCUUGUGAAUUUACGGCAUCUUGAUCUUAGGUUGACGACCUUUUUGGAAGAAAUGCCCAGAGGAAUGAGCAAAUUGAAACAGUUGUGCAUUUUAUAUUUCUAUGUUGUGGGCAAGCAUAAAGAGAAUGGGAUCCAAGAAUUAGGAGGGCUUUUAAAUCUUCAUGGAUCAUUUGAGAUUAAGGAAUUGGAGAAUGUUGUUGAUGUCAAUCAGGCAAGGAGUGCAAGGAUGAUAGACAAGAAGCACAUUGAUGAAUUAUUCCUGGAAUGGUCUUCAGGUGAUGAUAUGGUUUUAGACACACAAACAGAAAGAGGUAUACUCAACAGCUUGCAACCGCACACUGGCUUGAAAAAAUUGAGAAUCAAGGGAUACAAGGGUACAAUAUUUCCAGAUUGGUUCGGGAGCUGUUCCUACAACAAUAUGACAAGUGUAUCUCUAGAGUCUUGCAAGAAUUGCUGCAUGCUGUCUUCACUUGGACAGCUGCCAUCUCUUAAGUCCCUGAGCAUUCGAGGUUUGGAUCAGCUGAGAAGUAUUGGCGAGGAGUUUUACAAGAAUGAAGGAGAUCAUCAUUCUUCGCAUAUUGCACCAUUUCCCUCACUUGAGAGUUUGGAGUUUGAUGACAUGCCAUGUUGGGAGGUGUGGCACGUACCUGAGUCGGAAGCUUUUCCUCGACUCAGGAAGCUUCAAGUGAAAAAUUGUCCAAUGUUAAAGGGAGAAAUGCUUAAUCACGUAUUCUUGAGAAUCAUUUCUUCAUCUGAUUUUUCGAAUGUUCACAAACUGAAAAUACAGGAAGAUCGUGAAGGAGGGUCUCAAGAGAUGCGAUUAAUUUCUCGGGAUGCUUUGUCAACGAAAAUACGGCAAGAUCAUGAAGGAGAGUCUCCAAAGCUGCUAAUAAAUUUUGGGGAUACUUUAUCAAUUAGGGGAUGUGAAUCUGUAGUGGAGUCUGCAUUUAGUGCAACGAGCAUUAACCAUCUAAGUUGCCUGCACACAAUAGAAAUAUCAAGGUGUUCGUCUGCUGUAUCCUUUCCAGGCAAUUGUUUACCUAAAUCUUUGAAAACUCUCAAAAUCUUGGAUUGCAGCAAACUGGAAUUCCCGCAGCAACAACAACGGAAGUGUGAUUUGAAAGAGCUACAAAUACAUUCCAGCUGCGAUUCACUGACCGCGUUGUCGCUGGAUGCCUUUCCCAAUCUCAAGAAUCUCGAGAUAUCAUGGUGUUCAGAUCUAGAAUCAGUUUCAAUGUCAGAGCCACCACACGUGGCUCUUCAACGUCUCACCAUCAGUUGGUGCUGCAAAUUAGUGUCAUUAGCAGGAGAAGGACUGGCUGCACCCAACUUGACUCAUCUCCAUGUCAGCUUCUGCUCCAAGUUGGAGGCAUUGCCACGUCACAUGAAUACUCUUCUCCCUAAUUUACACUCUUUGGACAUAAAUUCUUGCCAGAAAGUUUAUAGGUUUCCAGAAGGUGGUUUCCCGCCUAACUUGAAACAGCUUAAUAUCGAGAAACAAUGGAGGAGUCUAUCGUCGAUGGACAACUUGGACAACCUCACUCAUCUUACUAAGAGGUGGGUUCUCUGCCUCACCUUCCCUCCCUUACCACUCUCAAGAUAG